CAACAAAGGGGACAACAGCCACAUUGAAAAGCAUAUCGAACUUUAUAGGAAAAAAAUGGCUCACAAAUAUGAUUUACUGCUUGUCAAGACACAAACAGACGACAAGAAGAGACACAAACCGUGGUACAGAGAAAGAUUAGAAACUAAGUACGUCAAACCAAGAAAAACAAGAGGUAAAUCUGAUACGCUAGUUGGCUCGCAGUGGACAUUUUUACAGAAAGGAGCCGAUGAUUUUAGAGAUGGCCUGCCUCCUGAAGCAUUUUAUAACUACGUGAAAAGGGAUGAUUUGGGGUUUGGACCUACCAUUACUGGAGGAUCACAAGUUAAGAAACAACCGAAGAAGUUCACAAAAACUGAAGCAAUAUACUCCAAGGUUUUACCAUUACAACAACAAAGAAGAGAACAUGUGGAUGACAUUGAGUUUAAUCUUACCCAACAUCCAUUGGCUUUGUUUCCUCACCUAGAAGAGUCAUUACCACYUGAUGUGUUUGAAGAUGUUGUUGAAGUACUAGAUCCUGAGAUGAACAUAGACAGCGAUGCAGAGGAGGAUUCUUUUGAGGAAUCUGAUUUUCAUCCAAGUAUGGUUGGAAGUGAGAAGCAGCAGUCAUUAAGAGAAAGUCAGUCAGCAAAGAGUAUGGAAUCUGGAAAGCGAAGCGACAGGAGUAACAGUGGUAAGAAGGGGACCUACCGGUGGCUACCAAAACAAGAAGAAAUACAAAAAGAAGAGAGAUUAAAAGCAAGCAGAAAGAAACCAGAUUCUCCAACAUCUGAAACUCAAAUACAAGAUGUUACUAGGGAGUUUUGUAACUGGGUUGCCAGCCUAGGUGGAGAAAGCAACAAUAUUGAGGAGUCCACAGUGAUGUCGUUAUUUGCAAGUGGCUAUGAAACUAAGCCUGCCCUAUCAGUUCCUAUUCAUGUGGUUGAGCUUACAAAUGUACCACCUGAACUAAGAAUAAACACUGGAUCACCUACGGCUAAACCAAAUGAGGCAAAAAUGUUGAUGAAAGAUGCUAAAGAUGGUUCUAGUAAAUACACACCAAGUUGGGUGAAAGUCAAGUAUGGUGCCUGGUAUCUAAACCCUAAAACCUGGAAACCAAGAUCCCAUGAUGAUCCUCUACAGGAUCCUAAAGAACAGCAAGACAAAACUCUGUCUGAAUCAAAGAAAAAGAGCCAAAAACUGGACACUGUUUUAGCUACAAUGCAUGGUGCCAAGGCAUUUAAAGAUUUUGUAGACAAGAAAAGCACAAGAGUGCCAGAGUUUUUACAAACUGUAGAACAACAAAGUCAACAAAAUCAGCUGGAUAAUUUACUAAAAGAAGUCACUAGUAAAUCUCCAGAACUUGAAKUGAAAAUGGAAAAACGAAAAUCUGUAGUAGCAUAAAGUUAACACACAUUCAGUUGUUUCUUUUCUUAAGAUUUUUUUAAUACACAAUAUUAAAUAUGUAUGAAUAAUAUGUAAAUAGAAGCCAUUAACUAAUGGCAAGAUAAAAUAAACAAGCAACAAUGGCAAUAGCAAUUGCACUGAAAAAUAUG